AUGCAGGGGCUACAGGCCGCGAAGGAGAAGGCUUCUGGCCUCUUUGCCAACAAACCCUUACUAUUCAAGAACAGCCAAUAUGAAAACUUUCAUGUUGACCAGAAAGGCUACCAGAUGUACGACGGCGAUGAUUUGGAAACGCCACCAUCACCGGACAGGCCCCCACCACGCCCCAUAGAUAAGUACGUCCGCGCACAAUGUCCAUGCCUGAGUGCGCGUUAUACUGUAGCCCUGUUGGCUUGCUUCGGCUUCAGCAUCAUGUUCGGAAUGCGCUGCAAUAUGAGUAUGGCCAAACUGAAAAUGACCGGAAAAGGGCGCAACGACACUGACGCACCAUUUCAAUGGACUCUCGAAAUAGAAUCGUCAAUCGAUUCAUCGUAUUUCGCCGGCUACCUCAUCACUCAAGUGCCAGGCGGCUACUUAGCCUCCAUGUAUCCGGCCAACAAAAUCUUCGGGGCUGCCAUUGUGCUAUCGGCAUUGUUGAACAUGGCGAUUCCUGGCGCUAUGUCUGUAGGCCCUGCGGCUGUGGUCAUGUUAAAAAUUGCUCAGGGAUUCGUUGAAGGCGUUACAUAUCCUUCUUGCCACGGAAUCUGGAGGAUGUGGGCACCUCCACUCGAGCGCUCUCGUUUGGCAACACUAGCAUUUUGUGGGACAUACGCUGGCAUCGUUAUUGGCAUGCCAUUGUCUGGGUUACUGGCAGAUUACAUUGGUUGGCAGGCGCCAUUUUACUUUUAUGGUACAUUUGGAAUUAUUUGGUAUGCGUGUUGGCUUUGGUUGGUGUUCGAGAAACCCAGUAAACAUCCAUGUAUAACCGGGAAGGAGCUGACGUAUAUUGAACAAUCGCUUGGCACCGCCACCCAGGCCGCGAUGCCAGGAUUUUUUGCUACACCUUGGAAAGCAUUUGCCACAUCUCCUCCAGUAUAUGCUAUCAUCGUCGCAAACUUCUGUAGGACUUGGAACUUCUGUUUACUGGUGAUUUUCCAGUCUGCAUACUUUAAUUCCAGAUUUAAAAUGGAGAUAACCGAGUCCGGUUUUGUGGGGGCGAUUCCGCAUUUGAUCAUGACGUCACUGGUGCCCAUUGGAGGAAUGCUCGCUGAUUAUUUACGUAAGAACAAUAUUAUGACCACGACAAACGUGAGGAAGCUGUUUAAUUGUGGUGGAUUCGGUUUGGAGGCUUUCUUCUUCGUACUCGUCGCUUAUGCCAAUAACAAGUACGUAGCCACCAUCGAGCUGACCCUUGGAGUAGCUUGCAGCGGUUUCGCCAUAUCAGGUUACAACGUCAAUCAUCUCGACAUCGCUCCUCGAUACGCCUCCAUACUGAUGGGUCUAUCUAAUGGCAUCGGUACCAUCGCUGGAUUCCUUGUACCUAUAGUCAUCGACUACAUGACCCAGGAUAAGGAUAAACAAGAGAAAGCUAUAACCGAGUGGCGAGAAGUGUUCCUGAUGGGUGCGACCGUACAUUUCAUUGGUAUCACUAUUUACGGUAUCUUCGCUUCUGGCGAACUUCAGCCUUGGGCCGAGACUGGGUGUGAAGAGCCCACGACUUAUUCCAAGUCUUUAGAACAAGAAACCACAUUCACUGAGAAACCCUCAGCGCCUCUUAAGGGUUCGGAGGCGCCAGCUUACGGCGCGAUAGUCCCGCAGCGGCCUAUCGGAUUCGAGCAGCACGUUCCCAACAACCCAUUCGUCUCGGGCGCCUACUAUCAGACCGAGCAAGUGCAGCCUCCCACUGAUCCCCACCAGAAUCUCACCGAUGACGGCACUUACUAA